AUGAUAGAUGUCGUUGAUGGUGGGAUUCGCUCCGAGUAUCCUGUUGAGCUGUGUGAGCUUCCGGAACGGUCGGAUCGCAUACUGGACAAGAUUGAACACUGCGAGCGGGUGGCACACAGUGUGGUGGAUGACUGGACUUCCCUCAUCAAAACGUUUGAGAUGUGCACCACCAAGAGCAACAUGAUGCAGCGCCGCAUGUUGGCGUGCGAGUUUCUGCUGGAGCGCGUGCUGCCUGCGCUGAGAGGCAUGGACAGGGUGAAGGUGCUGGCGGAGGCGGGCGGGAACCCGUUCAAGGGCAGUUGUGCACGCCCGUACUUUGUGAAGACGGAGGAGGCGGUGCACGGCAUGAUUUGUGCAGAGUUGGUGCGACUGAUUGAGACAGUGGAAGAGGAGGAAUGA